AUCCAAUUGGCUCAGAUGUUUUCCAUGCACCGCCUCUUGAAGGAAUCCAACAAGGUGGAAACAUGAAGAAAGUUAGCAGUUAGCAGUUAGCACCCGGCUCGACGACCAUUUGGUGAUAAUGCCCUUGGUGUUCAGGCAUGUGUGCGUCUGCUCUUGUGAAACAUGUCAACAGAAAUGAGUAAAGAGUAUGGAAGGAUUGAAAUGGACCUGGCUUCUGGAUCUGCCAAGUCCUACGGGUCCUCGAGAAGUAUUGUGAGGAGAAUAGCUGCUAGUCUUCCCCUCAAACCCUGCCCCAGGGUUCAUUUUCAGCUUCAUCCGUACACUGAGAACGGCGGUGUCUUGAGGAGGCAGAACUGUCAGGUGGCCUCUUUGGCUGAUGUCGGCUGGAUUGACAAUGAUGACGAGGAGGAGGACGAUGAUGAGGAUGAAGACUACUCUGGCAGACCCAGGUCAGGGAUUCCAUCAGGAUUUGUCUUUCGCGCCCAGCAGCCUAAUCCUGGGAGAAGACCGUUAACCCGCCGCAGGUCACUGCCCAGCCUGCACCAGGGGGCUUCUGACCCCCAGGGGCCAUCAAUAGUCAACGAUGAGGCCAUUCAGAAGAUCAGUGCUCUGGAGACAGAACUUGCCAAACUCAGAGCACAGAUAGCACAAAUCGUGCUGGCUCAGGAAAGGAGCACACAGCCAGCUGCAACAACAGGACCCCCUCCGCCUCCCCCUGCGCCCUCUGGUACCCUACCUCCCCCUCCCCCACCUCCUCCUCCGCCACCUCUCCCACCACCUCCAAGCCUCCAGCGGACAUUUUCAGCCAUAGAAUUGAUAAAAGAGCGCAGAGGGAAGAAGACAGGCGGACAGACAGUUUUGGAGUCAAGGCCGGCAGAAUUCCCCAACAUGCUCGAUGUCCUGAAGGACAUCAGCAAAGUCAAGUUGCGAUCAGUCAAAAGCCGUCCGUUGGAAGGCGAUGCCAAAAUAAACUCUGGUGGUUCUGUGGAUGCCGCCACUCUCAUCGCUGAGGCCCUCAAACGCAAGUUCGCCCACCGCUAUCGACACGACAGUGGACAAGAGGACAAGGAAGAUUUCAAACUUCCAGUUCUGGAAGUGAAGCCUCGAACCGAAACCCCCCUGUUUGGGCAGCACAUGUUGAAAUCAACUGGAAAAAGGAACUUGCUCUGAACAGCUGUUUUCUGAACUCGGAGUCCAAAAAGUACUGUGGACAUUUUAAAGUGCCUUAUCAACACUUUUAAUAUCUGCUGUCUCUGUGUGUGGAAGGACAAGGGCUGCUCCAAGUAUCAGUCAUCUCUUAAGUGUCACAUCUGACGAUCAUCCUCAUGUUUUUUGCACUUUUUAAACAUAAUAUUCACAUUCUAUUUUAACGGAAGUGAUUUUUAUUUUUUUGUCUAACUGAAUGUCUUUAGUUUUUCUGUUGGACUUAAAAUGUAUCACAGUCCUGAGAGAAAAUGUUAGAAGCACUCAAGUGCAGGUUAAAGGAACACUACACUAUCUUUAUAAAGUCUUCAUUAGGUUUGCAUUAAACUUGUUGCACACAUCAGUUUUACCCCCCCUUUUCUAACAGGGGUGUAAAAGCUUAAGUUCUUCUACCACAGAAGGAAGCGAGCACUUUCUUAUUGUGGGAUAUUGUGAUGUAUUGUUUAUAUAUGUAUACAGACUAGUGGACUAAUUUAUAAUUGGAAUCCAUUUAUUUAUGUUGUGGUUUAAGUAGACUUUUUUUCCCUUAACAUAAUUAUAAAUAUAUUCCUUAGAUCAAACUGUUAUUUUUUUCAUUAUGUGUUGAUCCUGAGUAAACUGUGUCAUAGUUGCUAAACUUGCCACUCAUGUUUUUUGUUGGUUCUCAUAUAUGUAUCCCGGUUUUAGUUGAUGUAAUUUAUCUCUAAUACGAUUUGCUUUUAAGAGCCAAAGACAUUCCAGUGUUUGACUGCCAAAUUUUACCUUUUCAUUUCUUGUUUCCCAUGAUGCUUUAAGGGUGAGGAAAAGAUACUCUUACUGCUAAGCAAAGUUCAGGCAGUUUAGGUACAUGUGCAGUGUUUUGUUUCUCUAUCAGUACCUCUUUUGAUAAGAUUUGUCUCUCAUUGCAGAACACUAACACGUUUCCCAGAACAUGGACUCAUUGUUCAGUAUCAACACUUAACAAAUACUGCGAUUGUAGAUAACUCAAAAAAUACAUUGCUUAUUUAAAGAAGUCAUGGGAAGGUACAUGCUGUUUUCAGUAUUCCAAAGGUUUAAAUCAUGCCAGUAAUCAUGUUUUCAAGCCUCAGUCCAGAAAUGUGACACGUGAUAUAUCAACUCUUUGCAUUUGAGGUUUUUAGGCAGUAUUUACUUCAAAAUGACUGAUUGCACAUUGUGACCUGUUUUAUUUAUGUCUGUGUAGUUGCUGCUUCUAGUCAACUCUUUGAGCCAAGUUUUUAUAAGGGAAAGUGGAACAGACGUGUCAGUGAUUUAAAUUUAUAAUUCAAAAAUCUUGUCUUCCAUGAAAAUUAAUUUGAACUGUAAAGUCUAAAUAAAAGUUUAUGGUCAGUCCUGA